GUGGAAUUAGCCUAAUUCCCGAGCCUGGCUCCGAGGGAGACGCGGAAUGCAGGCUGGCGGGCGGCCGGCGGGGGCCGAGCUCCCGGAGGAGGGGAAGACGGAGGUGCCCCCGUCCUCGGGCAUCAACUAUUGUCUAGGCGCCCGGGCCCCCGCUCGCGUCCCCGAGGCUCAGCGCCCCCCAUCCCGCCCGCCAGCAGGAGAAAGAACCGAGGGGGCGGCCAGUACGGGAGCAAGUGCGGGGGUCCGGGCUCCGAAGGUCCGAGAAAUGAAAAGAGGCUUGCUCAUGACUUGGAAGCGGUGGGCUGAGGCCUCCCAAGACCAUCUGGCUUGUUCCAUUGCCAGCCAGAGUGGAGGCGACAUUCACACGAACCCAGGAGCUGCAGGGGCGCGUGAGCUACAGCUGCCUUGUGGCAUCCAAGGAGCGCGCGACUAGUCUCACUCUGUUGCCCAGACUGGAGUGCAGUGGCACGAUCUCACCUUACUGCAGCCUCCGCCUCCCGGUUUCAAGUGAUUUUCCAGCCUCAGUCUCACAAGUAGCUGGGAUUACAGCCACUUUUUAUCUUCUCUCCUGCAAUCCAACCCACAUAAUUUCCAUGAAGAAAGCGGAGUGGUGUCGUUUUACAACAAGAAAACUGAGUUAAGAAUAAGUCCAAUCAAUUGCCAGGUGUUGGGACUGAAAUGAAAGUCUCUUAGUACUCCACCCAAGGAUUUUCAUAUUAAACAAUUAUCUUGUCAUCA